AUGAUCUCGGAAGAGUGGAGUGACCAUGAUUGGUCUUUCGGUUCGGUUACCAUUCGUCAAGAAGAAUCCAGAGAAGAAUUAAUUUAUGAAGCAAAAUUAUUGGAAUUGGCAGAAUGUUAUGAUGAUAUGCGAGUGAUUAUGAAAAAAAUUAUUGAACUUGAUUCCGAAUUAUCUACGGAAGAAAGAAACAUGUUUUCCAUUGCCUAUAAAAACGUGAUGGGUUCAAAACGUUUAUCAUGGAGAAUCACGAAUAGUAUCUGUGAGAAAUUAACAGACAAGAAGGAAUUCCAUCAGUUGGAAUUAGCACAACUCUAUCAACAAAACAUUGAGAAUGAAAUUAAGGAAAUUUGUCAUGAAUUAUUUGACUUGUUGGAUCGUUAUUUAAUACCAAGUGCUACACGUAAUGAUGAAGAAGACGGAGAAGCCAUGAUAUUCUAUUACAAAAUGAAAGGAGAUUAUCAUCGAUAUUUGGCAGAAACUAAAAGAGGAGAUGAAUUUUCAUACCACUCUCAACUCGCCUUGGAAUCAUACAAGAAAGCAAUUUCAACAAAGAGCAUUCCAGCAAGUCAUCCUCUGAGGUUGGGAUUAGCUCUCAACCUUUCUGUGUUUUAUUAUGAGAUUAUGAACAUGCCACAUCAAGCAUGCAAUAUUGCAAAAGAAGCGUUUGAUGAGGCUCUGAAUGAGUUGGAUACACUCACAGAAGAUUCCUAUAAAGACACCACUCUCAUCAUGCAAUUGUUGAGAGAUGGCUUAACGCUAUGGCCAUCGGAAACACAAGAAGAAGAAGAGGCAGAUGAGGAAUAG